UGGUAAUGAAUGUGGUGUCCUCAAAGGAACGUGGUAAAGAACGUGAAUAGAACAAAGAGUGACUGGUCUCGUCGAAGUCUCAGACUUGUCGGCGGCAGGAGAGGAGCGCGCGACUGCUGGCUAUAUACGCCUGCCCUGCUGGGAGAUUGGCCGGCGCCAUCGCAUGCUCCGCAAAUCUGUGCCUUCUGGGCACAGCGUAUGCACGAUCCCAUCAAAGUCCGUGUGCCCCCUGAAGGCCCUAUUUUUCAGCGAAUCCGGUGCCUGGGUAGCCGGACUGUCGUACUCCACUCCUCCAAUUUAGCUCGCAGUCCACAUGUGCGGUGUUUCUGGGCGCCAUGGUGCGAUCAGCGUAUUCUCGGCCGUCCGCUGGGUACCUGCAGGUCCCGCGUCGUAGCGAUUGGACGUGCAUGCUCAGGGAUUCUCGAGGCCUGCCAACGCUCAGCGUCAUACGGCGGUAAGCAAGCGGAGCAGGCCUUAACUAAACUGUAUCAAACUAUGUACGCUGGCUGCUUCUCCACACAUUUAGACGCAGCAUGCGGCAGGGGUCGCUAAAUUGAGGCCUGGCCAGGUCCGCCAAAUAGAGUGUAGAUCGUCGGACUAG